UGCUUGACUCGAAUUUUUGUCUUUUCUUCGGUAUAUAACCGUCGCCUCUUCUCUGGGUUUCCCACCCUGUCGCCUUUCCCCUCGUCGCCGUUCGCAAUUGCGACCAUCUCAUUCUCUUUAUUAUGUUUGAAGAACGCUGUCUAACAUGCGGAAGCCAUCUCCAGGAUGAUGGGCGAGCCUACUGCAGUGAUGAAUGCCAAACACUGGACUCGGCAUCACCGUCCAUCUCGUCGACCAGCAGCGCCUACUCGUCGCCUUCAUUGGGAUAUGCCGUUGGAGGCGACGUUCCGGCCCUCAUUCCGUCCAUGCUAGGCACUGCGCUCAGAAACUUCCAGCAGGAUCGCCAUUCGGUAUCGUCAUCUUCUGCCUCGUCGACUGCAUGGUCAGUGGUCACUGAUGAUGACGAUGACGACCCUAUACUUGGAACCGGUAGUGAUCCCGACAGCGCCGGAGAGUCUAUCUAUGAAACGACAUCCAAAUGCUCUACAUCACAUAGUCUCUUUCCGAAACCGCUCGCAUAUGCGCGCCGUCCUUCUGGUACCAACACCCGCUCUACUGUACCACAUCUUCACAGCCGCACUGGUUCACUCUCUGCCCACGUGCGAGGUCUUCCAAGCGCCACUUCGCAUCCCCACACAGCGCAGGACGAAGAUACCCUGGGCGACUCCGGCUUCCCGUCCCGAGAACUUGAGGAUUAUAUAGAGCAGAUGAUUCCCCAGUCGGCGCCAGAACGGCAACAUAACCAGUUCGCUCAUGAGCAGGACCACUCUACUACCAUCACAAAGACCAAACGGUCUCGCAAUCGCACCAGUCUUCCGGCGUACUUCUCAUUACUCCAGAUGAACGGUGCACAAAACCCUUUUCCGAUCUCCCAAACAUCAAAACGGGCCUCGCCCUCUAUCUCAAAUUCUUCAGGCCAGACCGUGGUCAAGCCUUCACCUCCUACACCAAAAGUGUCCUUAGGACUUCCCCCAUUCGUCCCUCCUCGCGGCCGUCGUCGGGAUGUGGGUGCAUCCCAGAGAAAGUCCCGGUCUGACGAUUCCUUUAGUUGCAGCUCUCGCUCAACCAGUGAUUCACGACAUGACCCCUCCCUUGCACUUUCGCCGCCACGGGAGACGCGUUUUGUUCCUCGACCACGCCUGGAUAGCCGAGGUAACACGGAUUCCGUUUUCGACUGCUCUUCGGUGCCAGACCCUCGGCGAGGACGGACUGCUGUAAGGAGGAACAGCUCUCCACCGCCGAAAAUGACGGCACCGAUGUUUGUGUUCGAAGGCCGUGAACGUUACAGGGACAACACCGCCAGGCCCCAUACACGGGGACGGGCCAGGGUUGAAGAGCUGGAUGGUGUCGGCGGGUCCGAAGACGCACCGGGACUUGGUUACGGGCGUAGUGGACUGGUUGAUCGGGAGCGAGGACACAGGGCAGGAAGGUUCCGGUCAUAAUGAAACCCGACUUUUCCAACAUGCUCUCUCGCUCAUACCUUGCUUCCCGUCACUGUAUUAUCGUCCAUACUCUUUCUAGCUCAAACUCCAUCUCAAAAAAGCACCGCAUUAAAGACAAGACGCCACACGAUUUGUAUCAGCGACUACCGAACAUAUUAUCAACGCAUCAUCACGAAAAGACCACCGGGACGUGGUUUCAUCUGCGCUUUGCCUGUAUAGAAUGAAGAUUUUCGCAUCAUCCUCAUCAGCACUCAACCAUCAUUGGUCAUCACCCUCUCAUCAUAUUAUUUUUGCUGGCAUACUCUCUCCAAGUCUUCAUUUUCGGGUUAUUUGAGGGCGUCCCGGUUUCGCCA